AUGGGUUUGUCCGUUGAGCUCAAGACCCCGGUGACGGGCGCCUACAACCAACCUACUGGACUCUUCAUCAACAACGAGUGGGUUGAGGGUGUUGACAAGCAGACUUUCGAGGUCAUCAACCCCUCCACCGAGGAGGUCAUCACCUCCGUCCACGAGGCCACCGAGAAGGAUGUCGACAUCGCCGUCGCCGCCGCCCGCAAGGCCUUUGAGGGCGAGUGGAGAAAGGUUCCCCCCAGCCAGCGUGGUUACCUCCUGAACAAGCUCGCCGAUAUUGCCGAAAAGAACACCGACCUCCUGGCCGCUGUCGAGUCUCUCGACAACGGAAAGUCCAUCUCCAUGGCCAAGGGCGAUGUUGGUGCCGUUGUCGGCUGCUUGAGAUACUACGGAGGCUGGGCCGACAAGAUCGAGGGCAAGACCAUUGACGUUGCCCACGACAUGUUCCACUACACCCGCUCCGAGCCUAUCGGCGUCUGCGCCCAGGUCAUCCCCUGGAACUUCCCCCUCCUCAUGCUCUCCUGGAAGAUCGCCCCCGCCCUGGCGACGGGUAACACCAUCGUCAUGAAGACCGCCGAGCAGACUCCCCUGUCCGCCCUCGUUUUCGCCCAGUUCAUCAAGGAGGCCGGCUUCCCCCCCGGUGUCUUCAACCUCAUCAACGGUUUCGGCAAGAUCGCCGGCGCCGCCCUCUCCGCCCACAUGGACGUCGAUAAGAUCGCCUUCACCGGCUCCACCCUCGUCGGUCGCCAGAUCAUGAAGGCUGCCGCCAGCUCCAACCUCAAGAAGGUCACCCUCGAGCUCGGCGGAAAGUCCCCCAACAUCGUCUUCAACGACGCCGACAUUGAGCAGGCCAUCUCCUGGGUCAACUUUGGCAUCUACUACAACCACGGCCAGUGCUGCUGCGCCGGCACCCGCAUCUUCGUCCAGGAGGGCAUCUACGACAAGUUCCUCGCCGCCUUCAAGGCCCGCGCCGAGCAGAACAAGGUCGGCGACCCCUUCCACCCGGAGACCUUCCAGGGCCCCCAGGUCUCCCAGCUGCAGUUCGACCGCAUCAUGGGCUACAUCAAGGCCGGCAAGGACGAGGGCGCCACCGUCGAGACCGGCGGCGGGCGCCACGGCGACAAGGGCUACUUCAUCCAGCCCACCAUCUUCAGCAACGUCCGCCCGGACAUGAAGAUCAUGCAGGAGGAGAUCUUCGGCCCCGUCUGCGCCAUCGCCAAGUUCAAGGACGAGGAGGAGGUCAUCAAGCUCGGAAACGACACCACCUACGGCCUCGCCGCCGCCGUCCACACCACCGACCUCAACACCGCCAUCCGCGUCAGCAACGCCAUCAAGGCCGGCACCGUCUGGGUCAACUGCUACAACAUGCUCUCCUACCAGGUGCCCUUCGGCGGCUUCAAGGAGUCCGGUAUUGGCAGAGAGCUCGGCGAGGCUGCUCUGGCAAACUACACCCAGAACAAGUCCGUCGCGAUCCGUCUGGGCGGAGCGUUGUUCUAA